AUGAGGACGACCAAGGCGCUGGCCAGGAAGGCCAGCACCUCUUCGCACGUGAUCUCAUCCGUGGGCGCCGCAGCUGUGCUGACGGCCGGGGUGUGGUACACCGAGAGCCGCGUGGACGACUCCGUGCUGUCUCUCGUGCUGGUGGUCCUCUCCGUGCUGGUCGCCGUCGUGGCCUAUUUCCUGCCCGACUGGGCCGUCGUGCACUUCGAGAAGGCGGAGCCCGGGGUGGUGUGGCGCAUCCCGGUCGCGGAGCGGCGUGCAGCACUGACGCUGGACGACGUGCCAUUGCUGGACUCGCCGUCGCACCUCGAGCAACUGCUGGACGUGCUUCGCGACAACGGCGUGCGCGCCACCCUCCUGGUCAUGUCGGGCUUCGACGCCGAGCCCGGCGAGGGCGGCCCCAGCGACCCGAAGCUGCGGGAGCAACUGCGGGAGCUGAUGCGGCGGGCCGUCGCGGAGGGACACGAGCUCGGCAACCACCUCAAGUUCGACCGGCCCGCCUUCGCCAUGGACGCGGCCGAGUUCGACCGCGACUUCCUGCACUGCGACCGGCUCCUGGCCGACCUCGCGGGCGGCGAGGAGUCCUGGAGAGGGCGGCCGCGGCGCUGGUUCCGGCCCGCGUCGGCGCUGUGGUCGGGGCAUAUGUUGGAUAUGGCGCGCAGCAAGGGCUACACAACUGUGAUAUCCAAUUGUUUCCCUCAUGACAUAGCUUCGGUGUCGCGCUUCGUCAACUGGCUGUACCUGAAGUGGCGCGUCCGACCAGGGUGCGUGGUUGUGCUGCACGACCGCUGGCACACGCCAGCGACGUUGUCAAAGGCGCUCCCCUUGAUCGCCGCUAACGGCAUCAAGCUUGGCACGCUGUCCGAGCUUCAUGCUGUGGCCAUGGAUGAGGACUUAAAAAGAGAUCCGACAGCUUCCCGCGAUGAGAAGAGCGACUAA